AUGAACCUCUUAAAACAUGCAUUUAGAGUAACUUCAGGAAAAUUCCUUGGCUCUGUUAUCCGACAUCGAGGAAUUGAAAUUGAUCCCUCAAAAAUCAAGGCAAUCUGUGAAAUGCCUCCCCCUCGAAAUUUAAGAGAGUUGCAAGGGCUGCAAGGGAGACCAGCCUAUAUACAACGGUUCAUCUCAAAUCUCUCUGGAAGGUGCCAACCAUUCUCGAGGCUCAUGAAGAAGGAUGUUCCAUUUGUAUGGGAUCAAGCAUGUCAAAAUGCUUUGGAAAGCAUUAAACAAUACUUGUUGAAUCCGCCAGUUCUUAUGGCGCCAAUUAAAGAGAAGCCUUUAAUCUUUUAUAUUGCAGCGUUAGAAUGCUCGUUGGGGGGGCAUUCACACAAUGAUGAUGGAAAAGAAAAUGCACUCUACUACUUGAGUAGAACACUCGUAGAGGCGGAACAAAAUUACGCCCCUAUCAAAAAGGUCUGCCUCGCAUUAUCCGCUCUGAUAUUUAAUUCCAAGCCUGUGCUCUCUGGGCGAAUAGCCAAGUGGUCACUCCUCCUCUCUGAGUUUGAGAUAAAAUGUGUGCCACAAAAGGCGAUCAAAGGGCAAGCUCUUGCUGAUUUCUUGGCUGCUCAUCCUACACCCGACAACAUGGAGUUACCUGCUGAUUUGCCUGAUGAAGAGGUAUUCACAACAGAAGCACUUACAUGGCAGCUAUAUUUUGAUAGGCCAGCAAGAAGAAACAGAGUUGGGGCGGGAUUAGUGUUCAUCACGCAAUCUAGGGGCUUGAUCCCAUACUCAUUCUCUUUACUAGCUUUAUGUUCAAAUAAUGUGGCAGAAUACAAGGCAUUCAUCAUUGGCCUUAAAAUUGCUCUCGAGAUGCAUUUGAUUAUUUGCAAGCAUAUGGUGAUUAACAAUUAG